AUGGUCGCUAUCAAGAAUCUUUCUAUCACCUCGGCCGUCGUGCUCGGCCUUUCUGUUCAGGUUCAAGCUGCCCCAAUUGCCAAAUCAGACCUCGCCACAAGGUCAGGAACUGACUCUGAUCUCGAUGUCAGAGACCCUUUCUUGGGUAGAAUAGUUGGCUCUAUCUUCGGCGGUCGAAAGGGCCGCCGCGACCUGGAAGAACUCACCGAGCGUGACCUGGCUGACCUUGAAGCCCGCGACCCGUUUCUUGGCAGAUUAGUUGGCUCUAUCUUCGGCGGUCGAAAGGGCCGCCGUGACCUGGAAGAACUCUCCGAGCGUGACAUUGACCAGCUUGAGGAGCGGAGCUCCAGAGGGCGUGGCUCGGGGUUAGCCCGCCAUGCCAUCAGCACAGCCGGACGGGUCGGCGUGGCUUGGGCCAAAAACCAACGCCGUGAUCCAGAAGAGCUUUCCGAGCGAGACCUUGAUGAACUCGAUGAACGUGACCUUGAUGAACUUGAGGAACGCGACUUCGAUGACCUCGAAACCCGCGACCCCUUCCUCGGUCGAAUCAUUGGCUCUGUCUUUGGUGGCCGACGAGGCCGCCGUGAUCUGGAAGAACUCUCCGAGCGCGACAUUGAUGAGCUUGAGGAACGGGACCUUGACCUGGAAGACGAGCUAGUCAGCCGGGAUCUCGAGCUUGAGGAGCGAAGCUCGCGAGGACGUGGUUCGGGGCUAGCCCGCCAUGCCAUUAGCACAGCAGGACGGGUCGGCGUUGCUUGGGCCAAGAACCAACGCCGUGAUCUGGACGAUGAGAGUCUCGUUGCUCGCGAGUUGGAGAACCUGGAUGAGCGAGAUCUCGAGUACCUCUAUACGCUGUAUCUGAGAGAUAUGGAGGACAGCGAGGAGUAA